CAAUACAUUGUUUUUGCUUCUGUAAAUGGUAAAAAAUGAAUUUAAUGGAUUAUGGCUUGUAUGUGUACAAAUUGACACACAGUACCAGUGUGGUAAUUAUUAUAGCAGGUAUUUUACAUCCUACAUGCAAAUCAUUUGGCUCUAUCUUUCUUCUUGACUGAGAAGGAUUUCUUUUUUUUUUCCACUGUGGACUCUUGUUGUGGUGAUUUAGGGCCAGUCCCCACAGAAACGUUUUCAGGUCAAAACAGCAAAAAUAUUUUACCAUUUCAGGCUUUCAUCCACACGGAAAUGGCGUUCUGGGUGCCCUGAAACGGUAUUUUUGAAACUGUUUACAGAAUGGAAAAUUCUGAUCAUGUCGGGUUGUCAUUUCCUUGUAGAGAAGCAAACUGCAGCUUUCAGGAAACGAUGCCACCACACUAUCAUAUGACCAGAAGUGACAAGCCAUCAUAUUUUCCCAAUACUUUAACUGGCAUGACUCACCGCCCCAUUUGACGUUCCUUUUGCUGAUUCUGCAAAAGACCACAGGCUAAUGCACAUGUUUUUUUCUGCUUCUAUCGGUUGGUGUGUCACUUGGUUUGUUUACAGUGUCACAUUUAGGUGCACUUAAUCAUCCUUUUCAGUGAUUCAUUCACGUGCUAAUCUGCGUGGAUGCAAAUGUUCGCAACUCGGGGGUCAGGGGAAAAUUCCCAGGAACGUUUCCGUGUGGACAGGGCCUAAGAUUUGUGUUAAUCGGGAAAUCACAUCAACUCAACUUAUCAAUAACCCAGGUAGUCACAUGUGGACAAAUGCAGUGCAGUUAUAAAUGAACAAAAACCAAUAUGCACACUAUGCCUCUGAAGUUUUCAAACCAAGGCAUGAAACACGUGGGGAAACACCUGAAAGACAGGCACCCAACUUAUUUAAAUAAUUCAAGGUGAGUGAGUUUCAGUUUACCGUUUCUGGUGUCAAGUUACACAUGACUCGAAUAUGCUUUCCGUUAUUCCAAUAUUGAAAUUUGAUAGCCAUCUUACUAUGAUUGCAGAGACGCAGGCUUCUAAUACUCCCUCGGUCCUUUUAUGUGAACAGUGAUGGUUGGUUGAUAAUGUAACAAUGCUCUCUGACAGUCUCUGGGCUUAUGGUAUUUGAACAAAACCUUUUUUUCUUUACACUGUAAACCACAACACGGCCCACUAAAGCCACAGUACCAACAUAAAAUGUGUAAAAGAGAAAAAUAAAGAACAGUAGUGGAGUUGAGCCUUUUAAAUACAUAUAAAAAAACUGCUGAUUGUUUUUAAUGUAAAAUAGAUAUCAUUUAUGAGUACGUUUACUAGUACAGUAUUGUUGUCAGAUAGUGGCCGACUAUAUACCACUGCUGCUCUUUUUUGAAUGUAUGACUUUAGGCCAGGGGUGUCACACUUACACCAGGUUUUCUUUCUAGCUGGUCACCAAAGCAGGUGAUUUUAAUGAUCAACACCUUCAAUUUGAGUGAAGGAGCUUAUCAGUUAAAUCACCUUCUGGAGAAACUGGUUUGAGAGAAAACCUGCGGUGCUUUGACCCUCCAUUGACAUGUGGUUUAGGCAUUUACCAGUUUUAAGGUAUACCAUAGUAUGUAAAAGUCACGGUUUAAAAAUCACUAAAACUGUCCCGUUAUACCAUUCCUGCAGUUUAAGAAAAAGUGGCGAUCUGGUGUGGCCAUUACAUGGAAAUACUUUGUCACGUCCAGUGUUCCUUGCAGUCAUAACAGGGCGUCAAUGUGUUGAAACUAUAGGCGUGUGCCGUGUUGCCAAAAGACAGGCAUGGAUAGUGUCGUCGUUAGCUGCCUUGUUAGCAUUGCAUGGUGCCGGUAAGGCUGCUGUUGGUCGAUAUAUUACUCACACCGAGGGUCCCCAAAUAUGGAGAUUCAGAAUGGGACAGAAGUCGAGGGUACGUUGUAUAAACUGUUUACAAGCAACAACCAUUUAAUGUUUCAGUUGCUAACAAUGACCCAGAAAAAAAAGUUUGUGGAAAAGUUUGACCUGCAUAUUCACCAUUAUGGAAUAAUAAUGCGGCAUCAUCAGUUUUUAGCUAUUUCUGCAGAUUGAAAACAUAUGGGCCUCACCAAACUCCCACACCAGAGAUAUUGCCUCAACCAUCGUAGAAGCCUGCCAGUACCUAUCUGCUGGUUCAGGAGCCCCACAAGCCAUCCAUCCUAGAUCGCUCAAUAGCUGCAGCUUGACAGCAGCCCUAACCUCGGUUCAGGAUCCGGGUUUGCUGCCAUGACCUCACAUUUGGGUCUACCAGGUCUGUCCGGCAUCCUCCCCGCCAUCCAAUCCAGUUCAUAGCCAGGUGGAGAUCUGUUGACAGUUCAGCCCCUCUCUUUGCCUGCAUAUUCAGAGCAUGCAAACACAGGUCAGAUGAUUCAACUACAGUCAAUCAUAGACCUGCUGGUCAUGGCGUCCUGGUGCCAGGUGCACUUAUGGCCAUACUUGCGUUCGUACAUGGAUCCAGAACCAAACUUUGGAUCUACUUUUAAUUAUUUUUUAUUUUUUUAUUAUUAACUACUUUAUUUAUUAUGUUUGGCUCCUUAGCCCAUUUGUAUAGCACUUUGUGAACAGGGUUAUUUUUUUAAAUUGCCAGUAUGUAUACAUUUGAGCAUUAAGAGGCAGUUUGGAUAUCUACACUUUUAUAUUUUUUAAUAUGAUUAUUAUUAUAUAUUAAUCAUUUAUUUCUCUUAAAUGGGGGGGAUCUCUCCAAGCAAUCUAACGCAAACCAAAACAUAACACAACAAAACUAAACACAAGUACAUAUGAAAUAUAGUGCAGAAGUAGUUAAUAAAUGGCAAACUAUCCCACAGUCACAUAUAUUAUAGGGGACCUUUUAUUCUCAUUUGUAUUGAGUUGUGGACUCAUAGAGCAGCUACACACGAUAACCCACAAAGAACGCUUUCGAGAUCUUCCAGAUUCUGCAUGUCUUUCUGCAGUGUUUCUAUUGCUUUCCUGCUUCCCGCCCAAACUGUUAAAUUUACUUCGCCCAAUCGGCUGUGAUUGGUCACAUUCCCAAGCACUCAUCCGGACAGCUGCCCAAACCUAAACUAAUUUUGCCACUACAGGAGUUGCAAACAGCAAUUUUUAAUUUUUAAUUAGGUGUACAAUUUCUUAAGACUGGCAGCUUUUCCGCUCUUUGUGAUUAAUCUGUACUUCUGAAAACUUGUGUAUUCUACCUGGCUCAGAGGGCUCCUAUUCCAGAGCCCCACAAUAUCUGUACUUGGACGGGGUCGUGUAUGAGAGAGAAGUGUGUGUCUGCACCCUUUGGCAUCAGUGUCUCCAUUUUUUUUAAGGGCAAACCAGUAGUUUGCCUAGUAAACUUCACUCUUAAUGGGAAAAUGAUGGUAUGUUGGAGCAGUAUGCCCCAAACUGUUACCUAGUGCUUGAAGGCUACAUAUUGUUGCUGUUUUUGUAUGUUGUUGCAUAUUUUCCAGACUUAGGAACUGUGGGAAAUAAUGACUGCUGCUGCAGGUCAAAUGACGUUGCAAGGUGAAGGCAAUGCAGAAAAAUUUGACUAUAUCAUGAACUUCUUGAAAAGCAUGGCAGGAAACGAGUAUGUGGGUUUCAGCAAUGCCACAUUCCAGUCUGAGCGUGAGUCAGGAGAUAGGAACUUUGCCAUCGGCUAUUACCUCAAAGAAAAAAAGUGUUUUCCGGAGGGGACAGACAUGACAUCUGUACUGGACCUCUACUUUCAGCUGUGCUCCAUUGAGGUGACCUGCGAGAGUGCUAGUGUGAUGGCCGCCACACUAGCUAACGGGGGCAUCUGUCCGAUCACAGGUGAACGUGUGCUAAGCCCUGAGGCUGUGAGAAACACGCUGAGUCUCAUGCACUCAUGUGGCAUGUAUGACUUCUCUGGACAGUUUGCCUUCCAUGUAGGUCUUCCUGCCAAGUCUGGAGUAGCAGGUGGAAUCCUGUUGGUAGUGCCCAAUGUGAUGGGUAUUGUGUGCUGGUCACCUCCCUUAGACAAACUGGGCAACUCAGUCAGAGGAAUUCAGUUCUGCACGGAUCUUGUGGAACUUUUUAAUUUCCAUAACUAUGACAACUUGAGGCACUUUGCCAAGAAGCAUGAUCCUCGCAGAGAGGGAGGAGACCAGCGGGUCAAGUCUGUCAUUAACCUGCUGUUUGCCGCCUACACGGGAGACGUUUCUGCUCUGAGGAGAUUUGCCCUGUCAUCCAUGGACAUGGAACAGAAGGACUAUGACUCAAGAACAGCACUCCAUGUAGCAGCAGCUGAAGGACACUCUGAGGUUGUACGUUUCCUGUUGGAGGCCUGCAAGGUCAACCCGGUCCCCAGAGACAGAUGGGGGAACACACCAAUGGAUGAGGCAGUGCACUUUGGCCACCAUGAUGUUGUUGUAAUCCUGCAGCAAUACAAUGACAAGUACAGCCCACCUGUCAAUGCUGCUGACACGGAGCGGGCUGAGAAGAGUUUGGACAAUCUGCUUUAGGCACGUCAGUGCAAUAAAAUAACAAAACACAGUGGACUAUUGUGCUAUUGAGCAGGUUGUUUUUCUUGUGUUGUAAAUCCAUUGUACGCUUUUCUUUCAGGUUGUAUAUCUUGGCUUGAUAGCUCUUUGUUGGAGUGGGCGUCCGUGUCGUUUUAUGUAAAGAACUGUAGAAUGUAUUCUAUCCAUGGAAAUUAUUCUCUACCAGUUUUUGGGGUCCUCUGUGUGGUAGUUGUAUAAGAUUUGUACAAUGGGGAUGUAAUUGUGUUAUGAAUCUUUCAUUGCAUAACUCCGUAAAAGUGUAUUGAAAGUAUAAAUUUAAUGUCCACUUAUGUAUAUUCAAGCUGUUGGCAUCCAAUUUCAGAACAGUAUUAUCAAUUCACUGAUUCACAGCACAAAACACCAGUAUCUCGCAAAGAAUGUAUUUUAAAUGUAUUUUGCAGUAUUACUUUCAACAGAAGCGUAUGUGUGACUUGAUGAUGCAUUGAUGAUAGAUGUUUUGUUUCAAUAGAGAUAAUUAAAAAUGCAAUUUUUAACCAAUACGGUAUGCAAUAGCAACAUGAUGAUCAACAUGGUUACCAUGCAGUCAUCAAAUUAAUAAACGCUCAAUACUGAGACGUCCAGGAGAGCUUACUACCUGAGGAAAAUUGAUUCUGUAACCUCAAUGUAAUAUAUUCUGUGUAGUUAACAGCAGUUAUGCAGUUAGUCAUACUCUGUCAUUAGUAUUUCCGUUCUGUGUGGUUUUCUUGACAUUACAAAUAUGCACAUAUGUAUGAUCACGUCUGUCUUUGUUAAAUUAUGUUAUACAAGAAGUGUUUCUGAGCCAUAGUUGAAGUCAUGCCACACUCUAAAGAAUAAAACAUCUUUUGGGUUAUAACUUA